ACAGUAUAUAAAAACUUAUUUACACAAAAUGAAACUGCACUUAUGCAGGUUUCACAUUGCACAAUGCACAACGCACAACUUUAUAUACACUGAAAAACCUCCUGGAAAAGUCCAUCACAAAGACAAGACGCCUAUUUCCAGGGAAGAAAGUCAAAAAACCACGGAGCAAAAAUCGACACGUCCGACCUGCUCAAUGACACGUCACCAAAAAAACUAUAUAGCGGAUAUAAAAAGAGCAUUGGCAAUUAUAGAAAAUUAAAUGUUCUCCUCGGUGUGGAUUUAUAGUGGGAAAUGACAAUGGAUAUGCAAAUAUAUCGUUUUAAAAAGCAAAGGUAAUACAUAAAAAUACGUGUCAUUUACUGCCAUUUACAAUGAAGAUGAUGUUUAAAAUGGGAACUGCUGCUGUCCUGAUGAGUUUUACACUCGAUGAGGAAACAUUCAAUUCUAAAGUUGACAGAGAGACAGCAUUCAUUAUGGGUACAGCAACAGUUAUGAUGAGUUUUACACUCGAUCAGAAGACAUUCAAUUCCAAAGAGGCCCAUGAACUGUACCAAUCGCUACCAAACGUUUGUUUCGAAGGCAAAUUCAAACUUCAGGAAGUGUUCGACUGUGGCGAGAGGGGAGACAAAUUGAUAACGGCCACUUCUGAUAAUGGAAGUCACGUGGUUAUUCAUUUGUAUCACUUUGCCUAUCUGACUGUGGACAUCACUUUUGUCGUGGACAAUGUUGAUCAAUUGAAACCGCUGUCUGAACCCUUCUCUGACAAGUAUAUUUCAGAAGUAGAAAAGAAAGUUGUAAACCAUCUUGGGAAGUUUAUUAAAGCUAGUAACAGUCUAUUAUGUCCAAUAAGAAGAGGGCCUCAUGUCACAUGGAGAUACGCAUAUUCGGGUGAUAACCGUUUACAAGAAAGGGACUAUGAAGAGAUCGUGUUCGAAAUGGACAGUAAAUGGCAGAAUAUCAAGAUCGCAAAAUCAAGAGAAUUCGGAAACGUUCUGCUUCUCGAUGAUGUAGUAAUGCUUGGUGAAAGUGACUUGGUUUACACAGAAACUCUACUCGGAAUCGGAAGAAAUGAAUUCAAGGAUAAAACCGUUCUGAUAUUGGGUGGUGGAGACGGCGGGGUCCUUCACGAGCUUCUCAAAAUGUCACCCGCUUAUGUUCUCAUGGCGGAAAUAGACGAAGAAGUUAUCAAAGCUUGCAGUAAACAUAUGAAACGUGUUUGUGGGAAAACUCUCGAAAAACUGGAUGGCGCAAACUUUAAGAUAAAAAUAGGUGAUUGUGUGCUUGAGCUCAAGGAGGCCCUUAAUACGGGAACAGCAUAUGAUUACGUCAUUAACGACCUCACGGAAGAUAUUGUGGACAGCGAAAAACACAGCUUUGAACAUCAGUUUGAAACAAGUUCUAAGGUGUUAGAGCUUUCCAUGAAGAUUUUGAAAAGCGGUGGAAAAUAUUUAGCAAGGGGAGACUGUCUAAGUGCAGAGUACGACAUCGACCGAUUUGAGGAGGAUGUUAAAACCCUUGGCUAUGACUUUACAAGGACUGAUGUCCACGUUCCUUCCUUUCUGGAGACAUACUGCUUUUAUGAAGUUCCAAAAAGAUGAUCUGAAGGAGGAGUCCAUAAUGUGAUGUGAAUGAAUAACAUUGCAGUAAAAAUAUAUAAAUAUAUCUAUAAUUCUAAAAUAACAAUUUUAAAAUGUUUUUAUUAUUCUG